GAUUGCAUUUGACAGAGAGUGAACAGAGCAGAAAGUUAUUGUUCUUGACGUUUUAUGCCGUUUUCUGAAACUCUAAAAAAAAAAGUAAAUUUUGACAAGGUAUUUUCAAUUUUUUAAUAACAAUGAUUAUUCCUGUGCGUUGCUUUACUUGUGGUAAAGUAGUUGGAAACAAAUGGGAAGCUUAUUUGGGUUUACUUCAAGCUGACUACACAGAAGGAGAUGCCCUUGAUUCACUGGGUUUGAAAAGAUACUGUUGCCGCAGAAUGCUAUUAGGCCACGUGGAUUUAAUUGAGAAACUUCUCAAUUAUGCACCUCUGGAAAAAUAAUUAAAAUAUUUUCUUUCUCUAUAUAUUUUCUCAGUAAGUUAAAACAAUUAAUUUUGAAUUUAAUUUAAAUAAACAAAAAUAUGUAUAGAACACUUAAUUAUAUAUUUUGUAAAUAAGAAUGUAAGUUAUAUUUACUUAAUUUCCUCUUUUCAAAACAAAAAUGAAAGAGAAAAUUGUAAAUACACUUCGAUGGUAAUGAUUUAAAAAUACAAUUAACAAUUUUCUAUAUAAAA